UUUAUCAUUACAAUGCAUGUACAUGUAUUGAUGCUGUGUAUUAUUUGUCUGAACAAGAGAGUACUGUGUGCUGAAGCAAAGUGCGCGCGUCCAUGUGGAGUAGGCGCGGGUUGCGUUAACAGCACGGCUCUGGUUUCUGGUUGGUAAAUAAAUGUUGACCUCGUGGUGGAGACAUACUGGAUUAAACCACAACAACAGGAGGAGGGCGACCAGACACCUGCAAAACAAAAAGACCCCCUCGACCGUUUAUGCUAAUGAAGGGGGGGCGGGAGGGUAGUUGGACUCACGCGCGCCACCGACCUCGUAGAGUAACAAGAGAAACAAGCGGAGACAACAGCUACUGUCCAUCAUGGCCGGUGAUAUGAUGUCACUGAUGCGAGGACUGGCCAAGUUGAGCCAGGCGGUCGUGGAGACUCAGGGCAGCGGCCUGCGCAGCGGAGCCGGGCUCCCGGUAGUCGGCGCCGCCAUCCAAAGCGUCCAAUCGGCUGCUGAGCAAGGCCUCUCUGCCGCGAUGAUGAUGGUGCAGGGGCUGACCGGCCAGCAGCAGCAGCCGACGUCUUCGUCCGAGUCCGACUACGACUUCCCCGAGGACGACGGAGCGUUCGCAGCCUCGGAGUUCAGGGAGGACGGCGUGGACUUUGCGGGGGAUCAAGCGGGAAGCGGUGAGGACUUUGCGGCCCGUGCAGGAGCAGCGGCGGCGGCGGCGAGCCACGACGGCGGCGGCAAACGGGCGCUGUUUGAGGGCUACAGAGACCCCAGCAGGCAGUUCAGUGGACACGCCAGGGCUCACCACCAAGAUGCCCGACACUUCUACAACCGCAGCCUGAACAGGCAUCUGUGGGGACAGCUGUACUGUCGGCAUCAAGUCGGUCAGCUCAGGAGCUACCACCAGGACCCGACCACGGUGGGGGGGCUCACCGCCGAAGACAUCGAGAAGGCUCGGCAGGGCAAGAAGGUCGAGAUCAAGUCACACAAACAGAUGUUGAGCGACAGAGCCAGAGAGAGGAAAGUGCCGGUGAGUCGGCUCAGCAGACUGGCCAACUUUGGAGGUCUCGCUGUAGGUUUGGGGAUUGGAGCGCUGGCAGAAUUAGCUAAGAAGACCUUGAGACCCAAUGGUACAGCAGCCGGCGAUGAUAAGAAAGGCAUCCUGGACUCCAGCCCCUUCCUGUCCGAGGCCAACGCCGAGCGCAUCGUCAGAACCUUGUGUAAAGUCCGGGGCGCCGCGUUGAAGCUGGGACAGAUGCUCAGCAUUCAAGAUGACGCGUUCAUCAACCCGCAACUCGCCAAGAUCUUUGAGCGCGUGAGACAGAGCGCCGACUUCAUGCCCAUCAAGCAGAUGACCAAAGCGCUGAACAGCGACUUGGGUCCAAACUGGAGAGACAAGCUGGAGUCGUUCGAGGAGCGUCCGUUUGCCGCCGCGUCCAUCGGCCAAGUUCACCUGGCGAGGAUGAAGGACGGCAGGGAGGUGGCCAUGAAAAUACAGUACCCCGGCGUGGCUCAGAGCAUCAACAGCGACGUCAACAACCUGAUGACGGUGCUGAGUCUCAGCAAUGCCUUGCCCGAAGGUCUGUUUCCAGAGCACCUAAUAGACGUGAUGAGGAAGGAGCUCGCGCUCGAGUGCGACUACAUCCGAGAGGCCAAGUGUGCGAGGAAAUUCAAGGAGCUCCUGAAGGACCAUCCCUUCUUCUACGUGCCGGAGGUGAUCGACGAGCUGUGCGGCAGCCACGUCCUGACCACGGAGCUGGUGCCCGGGUUCCCCCUCGAACAGGCCGAGGGCCUCGCGCAGGACCUGAAGAACGAGAUCUGCCACAACAUCUUGCAGCUGUGCCUCCGAGAGCUGUUUGAGUUCAGGUUCAUGCAGACCGACCCGAACUGGUCCAACUUCUUCUACGACCCGCAGACGCACCGGGUGGCGCUGUUGGACUUUGGAGCCACGAGGGGAUUCGAUAAGAGUUUCACAGACCUCUACAUAGAGGUCAUCCGCUCAGCCGUGGAGGGCGACAGAGAGGGAGUCCUGAAGAAAUCCAUCCACAUGAAGUUCCUGACCGGAUAUGAGUCCAAGGCGAUGAUGAGCGCCCACGUGGACGCGGUGAUGAUCCUCGGCGAGGCCUUCGCCUCCACGGACAACUUUGAAUUCGGCUCCCAGUCGACCACGCAGAGGAUCCACAACAUCAUCCCCGUGAUGCUCAAACACCGGCUGACGCCGCCGCCUGAGGAGACGUACUCGCUCCACCGCAAGAUGGGCGGCUCGUUCCUCAUCUGCGCCCGGCUGGACGCGCAGCUGCAGUGCAAGGACAUGUUCUACACGGCGUACCACAAGUACUGGGAGGGCCGCACGCCGCCCUCUGACUCGGCCUGAGCCAGUCGCGGCUGUCGGGCUGUUUUUUUUUGUUGGGGCGGACAGAUUCUGGCGGGGGGAGGGGCCAGCGGCGAGGCGAGGGGGUCGUGGUGUGAAGCUGCAGAGCGGAGGCCAUGCUACCUGCACUCUUUGUGCCCCACUACCAUGAGCUUUCGACACGCACUUAUUAAUAACGACAGCCAUCAUUUCUUUGUUUGAGAGGGAGCAGCAACGCUCCGAGACCGGACUCGCCAUAUGGCGCCUCCCCCCCCCCCCGAGAGGACGGAGAUGACUGGAGGUGGAUGGAUGGAAGGGGGCGGAGCCAACAGCCUCGCGGGUAGUAGUUGAGAGGGUUAAAAAAACGAUUGUAAACCGGUUGAAUUGUAUCUGUUCGCUGAUGUUUUCAAGAUGAUUCUUGCGAUUUUUGCUUUGCUGUGUUUUGUUGAGCUUUUGGGGCGUCCGUCCAGUUUGCCAGAAAAGUCAUGUGGAGGUGGGGGGGGGGGGGGCGGGGUCAUAUGAGGACUGAACUCUAGGUGUAAACCGGUGGGUUUUUUUGAGCUGUAGGCAGCAGAAUGAAUGAGAGCGUUGGGAUGAGAGCCGAAUCCGUUGUCAGGAUGCGGCUGAUGCUGAUGCUGAUGUCAGCAUUCAAGCACAAGAAAGGUAGUCUUUUUAAACUCGUGUAUUUACUGUAUCGGUGUAACCGUUCAGAUUUCUCUUGCUGUCCAUGACUUUUAGUUUUUUAGGGAGACUCGUCGGAUCGAUAUGUGAUGAACGGUCGGCGGGUUGAAGAGCGAUUUUACCAAGUUUGCGUCGAGCGUCUUCUGUAGAUGUGUCUUCUUCAAACGUCGUCCAUCAUGAAUUCCAGUUGAUUACCAACAUGUUAAAAGCUCCGAGCUUUAUUUCAGGAUCUUCUUUUUGUGUGUGUGUUUAGCUCCAAAGCAUUUAUCUCUUAAACUUCUAUUUCAGAAAAUGAAAUAAAUGUGAUCAAAUCUGAGCUCCUCAACCGGUGCCGAUGGAAGAAGCUCCUCCCGCUAUGGCAGCAGCUCACCUGGCUUCCUCGAGUCGGUCUCCUCGCCUCAGGGUGUGAAGUCCUCCGUCUCCCGGCUGUGAAACCUCCUCUCUCCUCUGCCGAGUGAAGACGGUGAUGAAUUAUAACCGUCUUCACUCUGCAGUUCUGCUCACGGUCUCUGGUGUGUGGCUGGAAAGAUAGAAACAAGGUGCCAACUUUAUACUUCACUUCAAGACUCUGGGAGAAGUUUGAAGUCUCCUAAUCGAGCUGAAUGUUGUGAUAAUGAGAUGUUGAAUGAAAAGAGUAAAUUGAUCUUGUCACGUG